CGCAUCUUGGAUUGCCCGCAAACGACCUCACUCAACUCGCAACCCUCGAAUUCACCGUCGAAACGCAUCGCGCAAGCCGCCACUACCUACCGCAGCCUCCCAACCAAACAGCGAACGCCCAAUCCAACCCCCCUGCACGCCGCAGCACACCACCCCUACACCCUCACCAUGUCGUCGCAAGCCUGGGAACGAGAACAACAAAACGACCGUCUCCUCGACGAGCUCUCCUCAAAGGUCACCGCCCUGCGCGGCGUCACCAUCGACAUCUACGACAACGCGCGGGACCACACGCUGAUCGAGAGCACAUCCGAUACCUUCUCCUCGCUGGGCACGACGAUAAAAGGCAGCGCGGGGCGACUGACGCGCAUGGCGCAGAGUGGAAACAAAGUCGCGGUGCUGAAGCUGGCUGGGAUAAUCAUCGGGGUGUGCUUGGUGCUGUAUUGGGGGUUUAGGCUGAUCUUUUAGACGUGGGAAGGGGGAAUGGGGAUGGGGAUGGGGAUGAGAAGAGUCAAGGAAGAAGCAGAGAGGUCGUACACGACCCACCCCUUGUGCGCAUCAGCACCGCAUGCAUAUCCGGCGUUCGUUUUAUUUGCUAUUCGGGCACUGUACAGCACUUGGACGGAACACAGGGAUGGACAUCAGCGCCAGGCGUCCGGGUUUCCUAUUCCAUGACUACCACAGUUCAAUUCAAACAAUUGCACAUGCACAUC